CUCCUCCUCCUGCUCCGGCCGCGCUCUGCGCAUGCGCAGCCCUGCUCCAGUGAGCUCAGUUUCGGCCUGUUCCGCGGCCGCUCGGUCAUUUUCGCCUCUUUGUUUUACCGAUAGUGGAUUUAACUCGGAUCCAGCCCAGUAUCCCGCGGACCGUGCUGCUCCCGAACAGGCUCCGAUGAGAGGCUCUCCAUGAUGAGGAGUUAACACUGUCGGCCGCACAACCGCAGGAAGAGACGUGGCUGCUGCACCAUCCACAGUCGACGCAUGGCGGUAUUAGGGAACCCCGACAUGCUGACGAGGAAGAUAAAGCUCUGUCACAUCAACGCCCACAUCACAUGUCGUCUGUGUGAGGGCUACCUGAUCGACGCCACCACUGUCACGGAGUGCUUACACACCUUCUGUAGAAGCUGUCUAGUGAAGUAUCUGGAGGAAAACAACACGUGCCCCACGUGUAGGAUUGUUAUUCAUCAGAGCCAUCCACUGCAGUAUAUCGGCCAUGACAGAACAAUGCAAGACAUUGUCUACAAGUUGGUACCGGGACUUCAAGAGGCGGAGAUAAAGAAGCAGAGGGAGUUCUAUCAGAAGUUGGGGAUGGAGGUGCCUGGAGACAUUAAAGGAGAGCUUUGCAACAUGAAGACUCAUCUAGAUCAACGCAACGGCGACGCAAAAUCAGAGGACACGGCCAAUAAGGAGGCAGGAGAGGAGAAACCAGAGGAGGACAACGACUAUCACCGUAGCGACGAGCAGGUCAGCAUCUGCUUGGAGUGCAACAGCAGCAAGCUUCGAGGUCUGAAGCGCAAAUGGAUCCGCUGUUCGGCACAAGCCACGGUCCUCCACCUCAAGAAGUUCAUCGCCAAAAAGCUUAACCUGACAUCAUUUAAUGAGCUGGACAUUUUAUGCAACGAGGAAAUCUUGGGGAAGGACCACACUUUGAAAUUUGUUGUUGUGACAAGAUGGAGAUUUAAGAAAUCGCCCCUCCUGCUUCAUUACAGACCCAAGAUGGAUCUGCUGUAGCUAAAACGGACAACGGUUGUUUUUUUUUGUUUUGUUUUUUGUUUCAUUUUUUGUUUUGUUUUUCUUUUUGGGCCCAGUGGCCGCGGACUGUGCCGAAAAACCUUUUUAUUUAUGCAAAGACGAUCAACCCAACACCAAGCAAACACCCGACGGUAAAAGUCAACACAAGCCAGCAAAAAUCGGGAUCUUUUAAAGAGGGAGGGAGGGUCCAAAGUACAACAAAAACUGGCAACCUCCAGCACAGAUACUGCAACACUGGGUGUGUUUUUAAGGAACUAAAACAACCUUUUUUUGUUUUGUUUUUUUGUCCCCUACAUCCUAGAUAUGUGAAGACAUGAGAAAAAGAAAAAAAAAAACAGAAAAAAAUGGA